GUCGAUUAAAUGGUAUUGUUUCAUAAGAUCUUGUUGUUUUUUAAUUAAAUAUUUUAAAUAAAAAGAGUCAACAUGGAACAAAAGCUGUACAAAAAGAGGUUGAAGUAUGAAUCUAUUUUAAAAAAGGAUUUGGAUAUUGAUGCUAGUUCUAGUCCAACUACGGUAAGAAAUUUAAAAAUGCAUUUCUUAUUGUCAUUUAUUCGGUUUAAAAUACUAGUGUAUAUUAUACUAUGUAUGGGUAAUGUAAUAUGCCUAUACUUUGAAUUAUUUAAAAUAAUUAAUAUAGGCACCUAUAAAAUUAAAAUAUAAUGUAAUCAUGAAUUAAAUAAACACAAUAUCCAUACAUUUUAAAGUCUUUGAAUACUUUGCUACCGAGUCUCUUUUUCAUAUCGAUGGUUACUUUGCUGGUGGCAUUGAAAACUUAAAGCGUAAUAAUAAUGUAUUGAUACAUUCGGGCUAAUUGAAUUACAAGCAAGUUUUCAUAUUGAAAUAGUACAUUAUUUUAAUGAAUUAUCAAAUAUUAAUUAAUUUAUAUAAAUCAUUUCAGCUAUAGGUAUCUAUAGGAUUUUGUGAGAGAAAAUUUAAUCAUACUACUUUGAUCUACUAUUGAUAAAUAAAAUCAAAAAUAAUUUCUAUUAGAAAAUAGUUAUGAUUAAUAUUUAUUAUAUUUAUUUAGGUAAUAAUAUAUAUGUAGAUACAGAAUUAAUUAAUUAAAACUGAGUUUAUAAUAAAUUUAAAUUAUUAAAAUUAUAAACUAAUUGAUGAAUAUGUUUAUUAUUUCUCAGAACUUAAUGGUGUGCAAUUAUGGUCUAGUAAAUGGUCUUAGUAGAAAGGAUGUUUUGCAAGUUUUUUCUCGGUAUGGUACAGUAGAUUGCAUAAUUAUGGUACCUCAUAAAUCAUAUUGUUUUAUUUGUUAUGCCAACAUACAAGAAGCAAUAUCUGCGUAUGCUAAAGUAAAUGGGAAAAUGAAUACUCUUUCUGAUCAACAAAUUUUGUAUUUAAUUUAUACAAACUCAGGUAAGUCGUGUUUUUCAUUACUUAUAUCAAAAUAUAUUUAUAAUAAGUAUAUAUUUUCGCGUUUUACAUUUUGACUGUGAUAUACCUGAUGAUAAAUUUUUUUAAUUUGAAAACCAGCAGUGUAAUACACUUAUCAUAAUACCCCUGACGAUGCAUUGAUUCAUUUAUUUAUUUUAUUUAUAUAUAUAUUUAUUUACUUUAUAUAUAUUUUCAAUUAUAGUUCCAAAAUCGGUAAAAAUUGUAUCUAAUUCACCUCCUGGUUUAGAAAUUAUCGACAAUUUUAUUGAAGAAAAUGAAGAAAAUUUUCUGUUGCUAUAUUUUAAAGAACAUUGGUCCGAAUCAAGUAAUAUCAUCUUUAAUUAUGUACAUUUAGUAACUUUUAACAAUAUAAUUGUAUUUGUAGGUACUAUGAAACAUCGACAAGUAAAGCACUAUGGAUAUGAAUUUGAUUAUGAUAACAAUGGAGUUCGAUAUGAUACAUGUGAUCCUAUUCCAAAAGAAUUUAAUUUAAUUUUAAAUGCCAUUCAAUCUCGUUUAAAAUGGUGUCCCAAUCAAAUAACAGUUAAUAAAUAUUUACCCGGACAAGGUAAUAAAAUUUUAAAACACAAAAACUAAAAUAAUAUUUUUAUCAAGUUUACUAAAUUUUUCUAUUUAAUGUAAUUUGUGUCAAGCCUUUGACGAGAUAUUCCACUUUUAAUGGGUUAGAAGAGAGUAGUGAUGUAUUUUAACACUGCGGCCUGUACUGCCGCCACACAAAUGAUACUCCACUACUCUCCUCCAACCCAAACUUAAAAGUGAAAUAUCUUGUUAAACAAUCUGCGGAAAUAAAAAAUUUCAAGACUCAAAUUCAUUUUGACUAAUACGCCAUUUAUUUAUGUUAUUUUUAAUAUAGGUUGCCAUUUGAAAAUAAAGUAGGUAGUGGUUUUAGCCCCAAAAAUAAGGGUAAAAAAAAUAACAUGAAUAUAAAAUUGUAGAUCUGAUUGUUUCUUAAAUGUUCAAGAAAAUAAAUUCCGAAAAAUUUAAUACUUUCCGAGACGAUGAGUGUACCCACUUAAAUGGAUCAUCCGGUAUUAAUAAUUGUAUUGCUAUUAAAAACUGUAAUAAUACAAUAUCAGUUUAUAUCAGUAUUAUGUUAAAUGUAAAUAUGAGUAUACAUAUUGAGUUUUAAUGUUAAAUUUAAACUAAUUACUUUUAGGAAACAACUUUAAAAUGUAAAAUUACAAACUAAUGCAAUUUCUGUAUACUCGGCACAUUUUAAGAUCAUAACCGGUCGCGCCUUCGAAAUGACUUCCUCCACUGCACCGCUCGCCAUAGUGGCAGUUACCGGUUUUGUAUACGGAAUGGACAAGCACGGGUUUAUAAAACAAUAGAACUCACUCCACCACACUGUAUAGCCGAUUUUAUGACGGCACUGUUAUGAGACACAUGUCACACAAACAAUACAACUAUAUCACCCUACCACGUUGUAUAAUUAUUUUAUAUAUAUAUUAUUUAAAUUAAAAUUUUUUUAUUUUUAGAAAAAUCCAAUAGAUCCUUCACUUUAUUGAUAAUCUAAAAAUUAAAAAACGAAUAUUAAUAUAAAAGAAAGUCUUUUAAAAUAGUAUUAUAUGGUUAAAUCAAAGUAUUUAUUUUAAAGAUUAUACAUGUUAAUUGUAAUUUUAUUUUGAACCACAAUAUUACAAUCAUUAAAAAUAAUUAUUAUGAAUAUUUAAAUAUAUAUACAAUGAAAUAAAAUAAAAAAUAUUUUAAAAGUAUUAUACAAAUUUACAAAUAAUUAGGUACAUAAUUAAAUUAAUCGUCUUCGUCAUCAGAUGAGUAUCUUGAUUCACCAAUUGAUAGAAUAUGAUGUGAAUCAGGCUGGACUUCAUCUAUCAGCUCGUCACAAAUGAAGUCAAAAUCCCAAAACUUCUGUUCCUCGUUCUUCACGUGUCUUAUGGAAGACUGCCAAUCUUCUGGUUUUACCCUGUCAAUGGCUUGGUGAAGCAGAUGUUUGACAUUAAAGGUUUUAUUUGUAGUGUUGGAUUUUACAUAUGACUUCACCAUUGACCACACAAAUUCGAUCGCAUUUAGCUCGUAAUGGUAAGGGGGCAGUCUUAAAACCAUUUUUCCAGCAUUUUUGGCCAUCUCAUCAAUUAUGUACGAGUUGUACCUAAAAGAUAAAUAAAAAUAUUAAAAAUUUAUAAUUUGAGUAAUUUAUAUUUUAAUCAUUACUUUGAUUUUAAACGUUGGACAAUUUCCAUGAGGUCAUUUUUGAUAAGUUGUGUGGGGUCAAUUUCUUCACCUUUAGACACUAGCCAUUCUACUAUGUCUGCCUUUUUCCAAUUUAUCGUAGGAAUUUUUUCUUUUUUCACCGAGUGAUAUGAUGCAUUAUCUAAUACAAUCACAGCAUUGUUUUCUAAAAGAGGCAAUAUUUCUUCAAACCAUUUUUGAAAUGUUUGACUAGUCAUUUCUUUAUGAUAAUCUGAUGAAUUUUUUUUUGACUGGAAACACAAUAGACCACCUGGUACAAAACCAGCUGCAGACCCAAUGUGUGCAACAAUUAACUUUGUACCUUUGCCAGUUGGGUUUUGAGGGACAAUAGAUAGACUUUGCAGGAAUGCCAUUUUCCUUGACGUAAUGGUUUUGUCAAUCCAUUCAUUAUUUACACCAUUACAGAUGUUGAGCAAAAUUUCAUCGAGGUAAUAUAUGGGUCUACCUUCUUCUCGAAAACGACGUAUUGAAGUUAUAAAUUGUCUUCUCCAGCUUAUAAGGUCUCUUUUUUCUGUUAAAAUACUAUUUCUCUUUGUUAAUUUAAAAUCUAAGCUCUUCAAAAUUUUCCUUAACGAGGUUUCCUUCAUAUUUGGCAAUGCAUUGUCUUUGUUUAUAGCAGUUAAUACCUUCGCAAGUGUCGGUAGCUCUUUAUUAUGCCAAAAUGAAUGCACUUUUCUCCUGAUAGCGUUCUUGUCAAAAUUGUCUAUUUUAUCCGCAACACCCGGUCUAUUUUUUUUUCUGUUGGGUAAAGUCACAGUCUUCGUUUGCAUGUAUUUAUAGACUGUGGUUUGCACCUUAUUCAAUCCAAUACCAAGUGUAUCGGAAAUACGUUUCAUCAAAUCGUGAUAAUUAAUUUUGUUGUUUUCUGUUUGUAAUUGUUUAUAAUAAUUGAUAAUCAUACGUUUUCGUGAACUGCUAACAGGCUGAAAAUAUAAAAAUAUUAACUAUUAUUGAAAUGAUACAAAUAAACAUUUUGUUAGUUAAUGGUAUUGCUAAUUGUUUUAAAUAUAUUUUUAAAUUAUCAAUUUUAAAUAAUUGUUUUGAAAACAAUAUUUUCAUCGAAAAAUAUACUAUUUUUUUUAUAGCCCAAUAUAUUUCGUCCAAACCGUAAAGGAAAUAAUAUUUUGUAAUAAAAAUACGUUUCGGUUAAAACAUUAUUAACCUACAAAAUUUUGAUGUAAAUCUUAUCGUGAUUUUCAUUGUUAAAUAAAAAAUAUUACUAUAAAAUUUUUUCGAUUUACUUUGCCAUGAAGAUUCUUCUUCCGUGGGGAAAUGAAUGUUGUAGCCUUCUCAUCAGACAUAUUUCACGGAGUAAUUAACUAGCGCGUACAGAGCACAACUAAAUAAGCGUGUGGAACAAAAUCAUACGAGUGCGUACACUGUUAAAAUAACAAUAUUAAACUGAUAAACCUUUACAGCACAAUGUAGGCGAUUCACAUUGGCAACAGCGCUAUACAACUGUAAACAGAUGUUUGGAGAACCAAUGAAAAUUCGGCUGCGCCUAACGAACGUUAAACAGUCCGCCGCCCGGUCAUGAUUUUAACGUGCGCAGAGUAUAUUUACAAUUCAUUUGUUAAUUUUUCGAUAUCAGCUUGCAAACAUGUGACUGUAUGUAGUAUAGAAUGUAAAUGCUCAUUGCUAAUGUAUGAAGACUAUAUAUAAAACAUCUAUUACAUUGAUAAUGAAUCUUUGAUUGAGUUCUCAACUUUAAAGACCUUGGCGUUUUCUUUCGACAGUAAAUUAACCAUUAAUAUGCAUGUGAACUAUAUAAAAAACAAAUCGUUGAAACAGCUUGGUUUUAUCAAAUUUUCCUAUGGAAACUUCAAUAACACAAAUGCUCUUUGUCUUAUUUAUAUUUCCUUUGUCAGAUCUUGAUUCUUGAUUCUUGAUUCAGAUCAGAUUGUACUCUUGAUUAUUGUUCUAUCAUAUGAUCUCCAUUCUCUCUCAAACAUAAAUCGUCAUUGGAAGCUGUGCAAAACAAAUUUUUAAGUUUUCUUUGUUAUCAUUGUAAUAUCCUUCGUGUUCCCUAUUCUUAUUUAACCCGUUUAACUAUUUAAAUAUUUACUUUUUCUGUACUUCACAAUAUAUGUGCCUAUAUUUACAUUGAUAUUUUAAUUUUAUACAUUAUACUGAUAAUCAUAAUUUAAUUAUGUUAAUAAAACUAAAUUAUGGAUAUUAUUGAAUCAGAAAAAUUAAACAUAUUUUUAAGGGCCAUAAAAAAUUUGCUUCACGGACCACAUGUGACAACUGUGUGCUGCAAGUUGCCAAUCCUUGCAUUAUAGGAAUUAAUGUUUGUUUUUCAAAUUUUUUAAAAUUUAAAAAUUUUCUUUCAACAUUUUGAUGGCCACUUUAUUGAUAAGACUUCCCCUAAUCUACUGACUGAUACUUAUUUAAUGAAAAGGGGUAUAGCCGUUUUUUAUGAAUAAAUGUAUAGUUUUAAGCCAUAAAGCCACACAAAAUUUUGUUCUAUAGGAAUUACUUUUGGCACAUUUUAAUUUUGAAAGCACAUUAUGAUUUGUUAAAAAAUAUUCAAAAAUAUAAACAAAUUUUUUUAUAAGAUUUUUAAUUAAAAAAAAAUACAUUUCUAUUCCCAAUAUAUGAGUAUUCUAGUAAAGAACCGUAAUCCAUUUUAAAAAUUGAAAUUCGUCAAAACAUAAUUCCUACACUUUUGUCUGGCUUUUACAUCUAAAUAACUACUUUACAUAAAGUUUACAUGAAGUUGCAUGUGGCUGUUAUGUGUUAUUGUAAUUGGGAACAAUUUAAUUUUUGACUUACUAAUUUGUAUACUAAUAUUGUUUCAAUGAACUACUAUAGUGAAAUCGAGCUUUUUUAUAUUAUAAUAAUACAAUGUAUUUAUUUUAAUUUUUUCAGGUAUUCCAAGUCAUACAGACACUCGUGGCGUGUUUGAUGAUUAUAUUGUAUCUCUAUCGUUAGGUUCUGAUAUUGUUAUGGAGUUUAGGAAAGAUAACUAUCAUAAUAGUGUCCUGCUUAAGUCAAAAUCCCUUUUAGUUAUGUCUGGUGAAUCAAGAUUUAAUUGGACUCAUGGUAUUACUCCUCGAAAAUUUGAUGUGAUUAACACUGUAAAUGGUCCUGAUGUCUUAUGCCGAGGAACUAGAAUUUCUGUAACAUUUAGACGAGUAAUUCAGAAUCAGGUAAAUGUUAAAGCAAAUGAAAUAUAUUCAAUUAGGUAUCAAUUAUACAAACUAUUUAUCUUUUUGUUUUUUUUUUCAGCAAAAUUUUAAAUACUAUAAUAAUAUUAAUACUUCUUCCUUAUCUUGUUGGCCCAUUGAGAGCCAUUACUGCCAUCACGAAACCUUACCAUUUCUAUCUGUCAUAUUAUGCAUUGGUAAAAGUCGAAUCUUCUUUUACAUUUUUGAUGUCUUGAGCUAUAACAUCAAUCUAUCAGGUUCUUAGUCUUCCUAAUGGACACUUUCUGUUUAUAUUGUAUACUAGAAUUUCUUUCAUUACUUGUCCAUCUGCUCUCCCAUACAUGACCAAAUCAUUCCAGUCAUUUGCUUUUUAUGAUAUAACAAGGCUCACGUCAUAAACUUAUGCAGCUCGCAUCUUAUCGUAAGAUACAAAACAUUUUUACUAAUUUUUACUAAAAUGUUUUUUGUUAAAUAUACCACAUCAGUAUAUGGGCACUUUGCUCAAGCAAUAUUAAACGCCAUACAAAAAAUAGUUUCAGUAGUUAUUUCAGUUUCCUUGAAAAUACCGACAUGACAUAAGUUUGUUUAUUUAAUUUUAAUUUCAUUGUACUUAAUUUAUUUUUUCUCAACUCAAAACCGGUAGGAAAUUUGUUACUAAACAAACUGUGAUUUGUUUCAUAAUGGCGUUUUAAAUCACUCACAUUAAAUUGUGAUAAUUGGAAUUGACAGAUGAGACAAAAUGGUUUACUGUUUCGUUCUAUGAAAAAGAACUCUUCUUCCCAGUGUAAUUUGAAUUCUCUAUGUUCUUCUUCGUACUUGCGUUUCUUAGACAUGAUAAUUAUUUUAUUAAUAUUAUGGUGAUACACUCAUGACAUCGAACAGCACUAUGAAGACAUAUCCAUAUAUAUUUAUGAUAGUAUUUAUAAAGACAAAAUUAAGAUAAAAUUUAAUCUGACAUUAUUAUACGUUAUUAUGUUAUUUCACAUUCUAUACAUUUUAUUAUAUUUGAUAUCUUAUCUUAUUUAUUAUAUUAAUAAGACCUUUUUUUUCAUUUUGGCUCUUCCAUAUUUAUGAAUAUAUUGGGCGGCUCGCAAGUCUCUCCUCGUUGAACACCCCAGUGAUAUAAUAUUUGGCCUGUUAUAUAAUUCCUUUAAUUCUAGAUUUUUCCAUCUUUCAUAUUAUGUUUGCAACUCUACAUUGUAUCUUGAACCGUAUAUAUUUCUCGGUACCUUUCUUUCAAGGGUAAUUAAAUAUCUGCUGUCACUUUUGGUUAGUAACUAUGUUUCGCUCAUGUAUAUGACUUCUGGUUAUAGAUAGCUUAAGUACAGGUGUCUUUGAAUUCUGUGACAGUAGUUUUGAUUCAAGGAGUUUCAAUGUUAAUACUUUCAAUAAUAGUUAAUGAUUUAAAUAAAAGUUAAUUUAUUAAAUCUACCUCACCCUGGGAAAUAAUUAACUUAGAUAACUGGUGCGUUAUGCCUCUUCUACUAUUUAUAAUAUUAUAUGUUCAGUAUUAAUAAUACUAAUUAUUUAAUUUUUUAGGCCAAAGAAAAUUUAUAUGAAGUAUUAGGCUGUGAUAAAACAACUUCUUUUGAGACUCUAAAAGAAAAUUAUAGAAAAUUACUUAUAAAAUUUCAUCCAGAUAAAAGCAUUUCUUCAUCAACAACAGCUGCUUGUGCCGAAUUGAAUAAAGCAUGGAAUGUUCUUAAAGAUCCAGAUGCUAAAAAAGCGUAUGACGAACAAAUAGAACAGAGUGAUAUUGAUACAGAAGUAACAGUUUUUGAAACUCUGAACGUUAGUGACUUAGAAAAUAAUGAAAUGAGUGAUACAUUGUCCUACAGAUGUCGAUGUGGAGGUUCAUUUUUAGUACCAAAAUCAAUAGUUCUUAAUGUAGAUCAAAUAGAGCCAAUAUUAUUUCCUUGUGAUGAUUGUUCUUUAUUUAUUAAAAUUAUACUACCAAACAUUGGUGUAUGAGUAAAAAAUUGACUUUAAUUU